AGCCCGGGCCCGCGCGCGCGCUCCCCCACGGCCACGCGCGCACCCUGCCGCCCGCUCCUCCGCGCGCCCUCCGUCUAUUUUUUCCUCUUCCUUUCAUCCUCACACUCUAAAAUAGGUCAAGGGGUGGAAGUUACACCUGGUGCAGCCCUCGGCUCUGAUGCAAAAGCAGCUUUUGCCCCUGGCUGCGGGACAGCAAUGUGACUACUCGCAUCGGGAGAGCUGCUGUCCGUCCCCACACCGUGCAGAAAGCGCCGGCGACUCGGGCGCUGACAAUGGUCUGCAGAGGGGAGCGGAGAGAAGCCUCUGUUCCACCCUAGAUCCGCCGCCUCGGCGCCCGCCCGCGGGGAGGAGGGGGCGCGACAAGUCAUCUAGCGCGUGCUCCGGAGCCCGCGCCCGGGUCCGGCCGCCUGGGGCCUGUGCUCCCUUCAGAGACUCACACCAGUGGUUUAUCAUGAGAAGGACUGCACUAUUUGAUUUCACUCCUACAACUUUUCAUUGACGUUACACAUUGAGAAAGUUAUGAGAAGUAACUGUCACUCUCUGGAGGUGGAGACUGCCGUGAUUCACAAAGACAAGAGGAUGGAUCAUGAAGCCGCCCAGCUGGAGAAGCAGCAUGUGCACAACGUGUACGAGAGCACAGCCCCUUACUUCAGUGACCUGCAGAGCAAAGCGUGGCCUCGUGUCCGCCAGUUCCUCCAAGAACAGAAGCCAGGCAGCAUCAUCGCAGACAUAGGUUGUGGGACUGGAAAGUAUCUUAAAGUGAACAGCCAGGUACAUACCGUGGGCUGUGACUACUGUGGGCCACUGGUAGAGAUUGCCCGGGAUAGAGGAUGUGAAGCCAUGGUAUGUGACAACCUUAAUCUCCCCUUUAGGGAUGAGGGCUUCGAUGCCGUCAUCUCCAUAGGAGUCAUACAUCAUUUUUCUACGAAACAAAGAAGAAUCAGAGCAAUAAAAGAAAUGGCCAGGGUCUUGGUUCCUGGAGGCCAGCUGAUGAUUUACGUUUGGGCAAUGGAGCAAAAGAACCGUCGCUUUGAGAAGCAAGACGUGCUCGUUCCAUGGAACAGGGCCCUGUGUUCCCAGCUCUUCUCAGAGUCCAGCCAGUCUGGGAGGAAGAGGCAGUGUGGACACUCAGAAAGAAGCCAUCCCUACCAUCCUCCUUGCUCUGAGUGUAGCUGUUCUGUUUGUUUUAAAGAGCAGUGUGGUUCAAAACGGUCCCACAGCGUGGACUAUGAACCUGCUAUGGCAAGAACUUGUUUUGCAAAUAUUUCUAAGGAAGGAGAGGAAGAAUAUGGAUUCUACAACACAUUAGGAAAAUCAUUUCGCUCCUGGUUUUUCUCCAGGUCUUUGGAUGAGUCAACUCUGAGGAAGCAAAUUGAAAGAGUAAGACCCUUGAAAAACACAGAAGUUUGGGCCAAUAGCACUGUAACAGUCCAGCCUUCCAGACACUCUAGUUUAGACUUUGAUCACCAAGAGCCAUUUUCAACAAAAGAGCAAAACUUAGAUGAGGAAGUGUUUGUGGAAUCUUCUUCUCGAAAACACUUAGAGUGGCUGAGAGCACCAGGCACUCUGAAGCAUUUAAAUGGAGACCAUCAAGGAGAAAUGAGGAGAAAUGGAGGGGGGAGUUUUCUGGAUAGCACUAAUACCAGUGCGAAUUGUGUGGAUGCGGGUAACUUAGAAGAUGAUAAUCCUUCUGCUAGUAAAAUAUUGAGAAGGAUUUCUGCAGUCGGUUCCACAGAUUCCAACGCAGAUGAUACAAUGUCUAUCGAAGAUCCACAGCCUGAUCUUUUGGACUCCAGAGCCUUUAUGCGCUACUACCACGUGUUUCGAGAAGGGGAGCUCUGCAGUCUGCUCAAGGAGAAUGUAUCAGAGCUCCGUAUCCUGAGUUCUGGAAAUGAUCAUGGUAACUGGUGUAUCAUUGCAGAGAAAAAGGGAAGUUGUGAUUGAUUGGAUCCUUUUAGACAACUCCUCCAAAAGACGAACCACAUUUUUUUCACUAGGUUUCAUAUGGUUACCUGAAUUUGCAUUCAGUGUUAUUGGUUAAUACAUUUAUGAUUUGGUCUGCAGAGGCUGUGAAUUGUAUGGUUGUUUUUGUUUUUAUCUUUGAAUAAGCACAGAUCCUGGCACUGAAAGCACUUGACAAAGGGUAUUUGUGCUUAAAUGUUAAUAUAAAAGAUCUGAAGAAGCAACAGAAAAUGCCCUUCAGUACAGCUCAGAUUUUUUUUAACCCCUGAGAGAUAAAAUACAUUUAUAGUGUUUUUCAGUGUUACACAUGGAUUUAAAAAGAUGAUGCUGUUAAAUAAUCUUUUAAAACAGUAUUUUUAUAAAGUGAGGGGAUAAUUUCUGGUUCUCAGGUUAUAAUUGAGAGCAGUGUGCAAGAUAAUAGGUAAACGAUCCAUUGCACAAGUAUACAUUGAACCAUGUGAUGACUUAUCUUGCUGCCAAGGUCUUGCUUCUACUUAAAGUUUUCAGAAAACUGAGUAACAGUAGAGAGAACCAAGAAGUGUUACAAGGACUUUUCUAAAUUGUUAGCUAACUUGCUUCAAAAUAAGUUGACAUGUGAUAGUAAGGUUUUCAAUGUAACCCAGGAGGUUUUUAAAGGCACUGUUAGGCUGAGCAUGGUGGCUAAUGCCUGUAAUCCCAGCACUUUGGGAGGCCAAGGCAGAAGGAUCACUUGAACCCAGGAGUUCAAGAGUAGCCUGGGCAACAUAGCAGGACCCCAUCUCUAUAAAAAAUUAGCCAGGUGUGGUGGUGCAAGCCUGUCAUCCACGCUACUCAAGAAACUGAGGCAGGAGGAUCACGUGAGUCCAAGAGUUCAAGGCUGCAGUGAGCUAUGAUUGCACCACUGCACUGCAGGCUGGGCAGUAUAACAAGACUCUGUCUCAAAAUAAUAAUAAUAAUAAUAUUGAUAAACGCACUGUUAGCUUGUAAGUAGUGGAGGAUGUAGGUACUAGUAGUUAUAUGCAAGUACCCAAGUGGUAUUCUUCCAAUCUUAUUAGAAGCAUGAAUAUUCAAGAUUGAUAUUACUAUUGCUUAUUAGCAAGAUUGUUAUCAAUCAUGCUUAUUAGAAGCAUGAAUAUCCAAGACCAGGAUUGACUAAUGAUGAGUCUGCAUCAAGAACUAGGCAUUUCUUUUGAGUUGACAGACUCUUUAGGAAAGGAGAAUCUAGGUGAAGCACUGAUUUUGGCUCUGAGAACAAACAGAUUAAGGUACAGCAUAGUUAGCCUUGGUAGAGGUAUGACUGGGAUUUGCUGUAUCCUUUAAAAUAGUAUCUGGGCAUUUAUUUUAUUGAAGGCAACUAUAUUUUAUUAGUUAUGUUAGGAAUUCAGGUAGAAUCAACUUCUACUUACUAAAGGUUGAAUUUCUGACACUUUGUAGAGAAAUGAAUAGACUGGACACUGUGUGGUCAGUGUUUAGAUUUGCCCAUGGGUCUGUUUAAAUCUAUGUCAUGGAUCCUGAGAUAUAUAUAAUUAAGACAGGUCUAGAGACAGGAGAAGCAGAAAUAAGCUGACCCAGGAGUACAGUCUCAAGUAGUUCAUGAAUGAGAAAAUGGACAUCUGACAAGAAUCUUUUUACUUUAUCCUGGCUGAAAAUCCAAAUCUUGUUUUAUUUUUUCCACUAAAAGUAACUAAAAUAAUAACGAAUUUCAUUUGUUCUUGGGUUCUUUUUUCCUUUAAUGAUUGUGCUAUAACUUAAAAUAAUGAUGUUACUUUUGAACAUGUUUAAAGCAUAUCUGAAAACGAUUGAUGUUUAUAACUCUCUUUUGGCUUCAAAAUAAGAUUGUGUUAUCACCAUUUUGGUAGAUGAGGUUGUCUGAUGAAAAUGAUGCACAUGACUUGUACCGUUCAGUGUACAUCCUGCAGUGGUGGAUGACUGAAAACAUGUAUAAGCGGAGUAUAAAUUAAAAAUUAAUUUGGUUUCUUCUGUUCCUUAAUUUAGGAUGUUAAACCAUGACUGUAAGGGAUUUUCUUGGUAAAAAGAGAAGAUUCUCAGAGUCAAAAAUGUUCUUACAACUCGGGCUUGAUGGCCUUUGAAUUAGGAAUGGAUUGUUCCUCUCUCUGAAGCCGGUUGUCACAUGGGUUUUUAAUCCUGGCCUUGCUGCUAGAAAUCUGUGCUUGAAGUCGUCUCUUUCUGGUGGUAACCUACCACUUAAAAGUCACGACGUGGUGGAACUCAGUUUACUAGACUCUUCAGCCUUUGAGCUAAACUGAGCAACCUCUUAGAUGUACACACACCACUUUGUAUGAAAGGGUUCUCUAGAAUGGUUCUUUGGAGAGAAAUAUUUUCAUGUAAUUUUGACAGGGGUGUAAAUAAAGCAUGGUGACUAAUAA